AUGGCAGGCUCCACUGUCAUACAACGAGCGCAGCAUCCGGUCUUCUUCCUCGAGGUCAAACCAGCUGCAUAUCUCGAGGGUGAUGCCACUCCAGGAAUGGCAGACGAUCAGAUGCAUGUGCGGUUCUUUAUCUUGCGCAAUCUUGUCGAAAUCUCCGUCCUUCACGCCAUCAGUGCCCUGGGCAUUCGUUUGUGUCUCUACACAUACACCGCCAGCACUUCUGACUUGGAGCCUGCUGCUAUUGCCCGUCUCCCUACCCGGAUGAAUGACUACGCGCCGGUGGAAUGUUGGCUAUAG